AUGCAUAGCCAUUCACCGUCAUCUUCGGUUAGACCAUCAUCCCCUGUGGCACCGCCUGUUGGAGAGCAAGCUGAAGAAUUUGAUGCACCCAUAGACGGUUCCAAUGGUAGGAAGGAGGAUGAUGAUUGUACUACACCGUUUGAGCCUAUCGUACCUGGAGGACCCUAUGUGGAGGAUUCCUGGGCUUUGGUGCCAUAUCGGCCUUUGCAUUUCGGGUGGGAUAUCGGUGCUUCAGCUGACAGUCCACAUCAUGACCAAUCAGCUGAGAUUGAGGUGGAAGAUCGGAAGCAUAACGUUGGUGAUACAAGCCGAUUCGGUCGAGUUUACCACCAGUCACAUCACGUCAUCUCUCCUUACACCGACCCAUGUAAAAAGAAGGUCAAAUUUAAUCUUACUCGACCUAUUGAUGCAUCAAAGGAGAGGGCGUUCGAUGAGUGGUAUAGGGUGGCACCGAAGGAAGCAACCGUGUGUACAUCUUAUAUGACGGUGGGAAAGGAAUUUUUUGCUGAGCUACUGACCGAUGAAGGAUGGUUGAAUUCCGAUCAUAUUGACACUAUUUUGUAUUUCAUAUGAAAAAGGCGGUUUGAUAAUGAGAAGAUGUUCACCAACACCUGUGCCAUAUUAGACGUGUUAUUUUGGUCAUCCAUCAAAGGGCGUUAUCCCAUAUGGAGGGCAUCUCGUAGCACAUAUUCAUGUGAUGCAACCCUUUGUAACUAUGUGCGUGGGAGGUCACCCAAACCUAGCGUGUCGUGGCGGA